AUGUCCGACUCGCCUUCCAUCUCGCCGGUCACGAUCCCUUACCCAGCGCUCGUAGCAGGCGACGCCUCCCUCCCCGAGCUCAUCAAGAAGGGCUUCGACUCGUCUCCCGAAUCCCUCGGCCUGAUCAUCAUCUCCGACCUCCCCCCUUCGUUCCCUCACCUCCGUCGCCGCCUGCUCCUCCUCUCGAACGCAUUCGCUUCGUUGCCUGAAGAAACGCGCGAGAAGUAUGCGCACCCGCAGUCGAACUACAGUUAUGGAUGGUCGCACGGCAAGGAGAUCCACAACGGCCGGCCGGACAGGUUGAAGGGGUCUUUCUAUAACAACCCGAGCCAGGAUAUCACGCCGGGCUUGCAUGAGGGUGACGAGGCAGUGCGGAAUAUCUGGCCGGAGGAGAAGGGCGUCGAGGACUUUGAGGUCGCGUUCAAGGAGCUCUGCGCGCUGAUGGUCAAGAUUGGUGAGCUGGUCGGUGCAGCGUGUGACCAGUUUGUCGGCAAGACGGCGUCGAAGAAAACGGUCGAGCAGCUCGUCCGGGAGAGCCACUCGUCCAAGGCUCGGUUGCUUCACUACUUCCCGCGAGAAGGCGAACCGUUUUCCCUCCCUCCUUCGUCCUCGGUCGAAGACGCCGCCCUCAAUGUCGACGAGGUCGACGACUCGUGGUGCGGCACGCACAUCGACCACUCACUCCUGACCGUCCUCUGCCCGUCGAUGUACCUCUUCCACCCGACCCCCCGCGCCUCGUCUUCCUCUACCGCCCCGCUCGACCCGCUCGUCAUCCCGUCGCCCUCUCGCUCCACCGGUCUCUUCAUCAAGACUCGAGCGGGCAAGGUCGUCCAAGCGACCAUUCCCGAGAACUGCGUCGCCCUCCAGACAGGCGAGACGGUCGAGCUCCUCACCUCGCGACGACUCGCCGCGACGCCGCAUUUCGUGAAUGCGACGGCUGCGACGCUGGGACGGAACGCGCUGGAGGCGAUCGAGCGGAAGAAGGAAGAGGAGCCGGAGACUUGGGGGAAGGUCGAGAGCGGGACGGUGAGCAGGGAGACGCUGGCGGUGUUCUUGCAGCCCAACCACAACGAGGUUGUCGCAGAAGACGGCGAGACGUUCGGCCAGUUUUCUACGCGGGUGUUCAAGCGGCACUACGAGGAGGCGAGCAAGUAG